AUGGGCUUUUAGGAACAUAUUGAAUUUGAACAUUACAUGUGGAAUUACAUAUAUUAUUAUGCUUAUUUGAAACACAAAGAUGAAAAUGACUUUAAUGGAAAUAAAUUCUAUAUAUAAUCUAAGAUAGAUCUCAAGGAUAUAAGUUGGAUGCCUAUUAAAAGGUAAUAUUUAAUUCAUAUUUUUAGAGCACGAUUUGCUAAAGAAGAAAUAGAAGGGUAAUAAAAUCUAGGAAGCUAUUGGAAUCAAAAUGAAAGCCAUGAAUGA